CCCGCCUUUGGCGCCGCAGGAAGGACUUUAAGUAUGGUAUUCGGUAGAAGUGUUUGGAAAAAGUGAAGUCAGGUCAAAGUUUUGUGUGUUUUUAAAAAGAAAACAUUUUGUGCGGUAACGUAAGCAGAGAAAGACCUAGAGCUGCCGCUGAUCGGACUUAUCGGGGAUAAAAAGGAAUCGAUGCGGGAGAUGAUUUUGUUCUUGAAUUAGAGCAACUCGGCUGGCUGUAUAAAGAAGUAAAAAGCGUGGGUGCCUGAGUCGCUGUGGUCUGCCCCAGGAAUGCCUUUUUGACUCAACUCUUGUUUCAUUGGAUAUCAGCGGGGCGAUGGCGCAGGAGUGCGGGCGGCAGUACGAGCGUGUCGCUGAGAUUGGCGGCGGCGCCUACGGGACGGUGUACAAAGCACGGGACCGCCAGAGUGGCCAGUUUGUAGCUCUGAAGAGCGUGCGUGUGCAGACCGACCAGGAUGGCCUCCCCUUGUCCACAGUCAGAGAAGUGGCCUUGCUCAAGCGACUGGAGCAGUUUGAGCAUCCCAACGUGGUGAAGCUCAUGGAUGUAUGCGCCACCUUGCGGACAGACCAGGAGACCAAGGUAACUCUGGUGUUUGAGCACGUGGAUCAAGAUCUGAAGACCUACCUGAGCAAGGCUCCUGCUCCAGGACUCCCCGCAGACCGGAUACGAGACCUGAUGCGUCAGUUGUUGCACGGACUGGUGUUUCUUCACUCCAACUGCGUCCUUCACCGUGACCUGAAGCCAGAGAACAUCCUGGUGACCAGCCGAGGGCAGGUCAAGCUGGCAGAUUUCGGCCUGGCUCGCAUCUACAGCUGUCACAUGGCGCUCACCCCAGUGGUGGUCACACUGUGGUAUCGUGCCCCAGAAGUUCUGCUUCAGGCUUCCUACGCAACUCCAGUUGACAUAUGGAGUACGGGCUGCAUCUUUGCAGAGAUGUUCAGACGCAAGCCUUUGUUCUGUGGUGACUCAGAAGUGGAUCAGCUUCGGAAAAUUUUCGAUAUGAUUGGCUUGCCGUCAGAGGAAGAAUGGCCGCCAGAUGUCACGCUCUCACGGUGCCUUUUCAGCACGUGUAGUCCCUGCCCAAUCACAGAUCGCGUCCCUGAAAUCAGCCACCAGGGGGCGGAUUUGUUGAAGGAGAUGCUGACCUUUGACCCUUUACGAAGAAUCUCUGCCUUGAAUGCGCUGGAGCACCCUUAUUUUCAGGAGGGGUGAAGGGGGAAUAUUGUGACCACAGAACCAGGGAAUAUUAUGACCACAACUGGCCUUUUUCUGGGCAUAGGAUGAAUCUGCAUUAAGUCUGAGCAAAUAACUAAAGGCAUUAAGUGAAAAUGGAACUUUGAACAGCCAAUCCAGGCACUGAAUUUGGGGGUGGGAAUGGGGGGGGCAGGGGCGGGUGUGUGACGUUGAUGCCAGUAUAUAUUUGCACCCCCAGGUUUCAGCCCAUAAUUGUUAGGUCUCUCAUAUCUGAGUUUGCCUGCUGGAGGAAAUGUAACUAAUGGUUUAUAUAGUAAAUUACAUUUUGAUCAGUGCUCUGGGGGGGGGGGGGGGGGGUGCACCUGGGGCAGCCACAGGUCAGUGGUAGUAACUUCGUCAGGACCAAAUGACCCAAAACAGACACUUUUGCCAGCAGAUACUAAGCAUCACUAACUAAAGUCAUCGCUUUAUUGAUAGAUAGCAACAUACUGAUACAGGAACAAGACAACAGCUGGCUUUAGGAUGUUAGAGGAACUCGUAUUUGGGUAAACAGAACCUAUGGGUGUUAUAGACGAUCAUCUGUAGGGAAUAUCACUGUGUUUUCAUGUCACCUGUGUCUGUGCCUCGACUUCACUCCAGUUUCUGCUGCUCUAACCCUUCCAUGCUAACUUUAGACAUGCAAAACAUGAGUAUUAGUACAAACUACUGUAUUAAUACAGUCAUAUUAAAUAAAAGCUGCUCUUUGAGAA